AUGGCCCAUAAAGAUACCCUCUUUCGGUCGGCGAGCAUGUCCUUGACCCAGCUCUACAUCUCCAACGAAAUCGGUCGUGAAGUUGUCUCUGCCCUGGGUGAAAUUGGCGUUGUCCAGUUCCGAGAUCUCAAUGCUGAGACAACUGCUUUCCAACGCACCUUCACCAAGGAAAUACGUCGAUUAGACAAUGUCGAACGCCAGUUCCGUUAUUUCAAGAGUCAAAUGGACAAAUCUCACAUUGAGAUGAGGAGUCACUGGGAUUUCGAUGAGAAUAUGCUCGCGGUCCCUCAAGCCAAUGAGAUCGAUGCCCUUGUGGAACGCGCGGAGAGCUUGGAACAACGCAUCAGCAGCUUGAAUGAGAGCUAUGAAACACUGAAGAAGAGGGAGGUUGAGCUGACCGAGUGGCGAUGGGUUCUUAAGGAGGCCGGAGGUUUCUUCGACAGAGCUCAUGGACAAACAGAGGAUAUUCGCGCGAGUAUCGAUGAAGAUGACGCGCCCUUGCUGCGAAACACUGAGGCCGAGGAAGGCAGAGCUAAUGGGGAUGCGUCUCAACAGCAACAGAGCUUCGCUGUGAUGAACAUUGGGUUUGUCGCUGGUGUCAUUCCCCGUGAGCGACUACCUGCGUUUGAACGAAUCUUGUGGAGAACUCUGCGUGGCAACCUGUACAUGAACCAGUCGGAAAUCCCGGAGCCGAUCAUCAACCCCGAGAACAACGAAGAGAUUCAGAAGAAUGUUUUCGUGAUUUUCGCACACGGCAAGGAAAUCAUUGCGAAGAUCAGGAAAAUCUCCGAGUCUCUGGGUGCAGACCUUUACAAUGUUGAUGAGAGCAGUGAUAUCCGCAGAGACCAGAUUCACGAAGUCAACACCCGCCUCGGCGACCUCGCAAGUGUCCUCCGGAACACCAAGAAUACCCUCGAUGCGGAAUUGAGUGCCAUUGCUCGAUCUCUGGCUGCUUGGAUGAUCGUCAUCAAGAAAGAGAAAGCUGUCUUCAAUGCAUUAAACAUGUGCUCCUAUGACCACGCCAGAAAGACCUUGAUUGCGGAAGCUUGGUGUCCCACCAAUACUCUUCCACAGAUUCGGCGUACUCUACAAGAUGUCAACGACCGAGCCGGGUUGUCGGUGCCGACAAUUGUCAAUCAAAUCAAGACCAAUAGGACUCCGCCUACCUAUAACAAGACCAACAAGUUCACUGAGGGCUUUCAAACCAUCAUCAAUGCUUACGGGACCGCCAAAUAUCAAGAGGUCAACCCUGGUCUUUACACCAUCGUCACGUUCCCGUUUCUAUUCGCCGUCAUGUUCGGUGACUUUGGGCACGGCUGCUUGAUGGCCAUGGCUGCAGCAGCCAUGAUCUACUGGGAAAAGCCAUUGUCACGGUCCAAGCAGGACGAACUGUUCGCAAUGGCAUUCUAUGGUCGCUACAUCAUGCUGAUGAUGGGUAUCUUCUCCAUGUACACCGGCCUCAUCUACAAUGAUGUCUUCUCAAAGGGAUUUACUCCUUUCGCCUCUACCUGGGAGUUCCCUGAAGAGGGUCGCCCAGAAGUCACCGCUCACCUCAAAGGAAGCUACAGAUAUCCAUUUGGUCUGGACUGGGCAUGGCACGGCUCCGAAAAUGACUUGCUCUUCAGCAACAGUUUGAAGAUGAAGCUGUCUAUUCUCAUGGGUUGGGCCCACAUGACCUAUGCUCUAUGCUUCUCCUAUGUCAACGCCAGACACUUCAAAUCUCCUAUCGACGUCUGGGGCAACUUUGUGCCUGGCAUGAUAUUCUUCCAAGCCAUCUUCGGGUAUCUUUCGUUCUGUAUCCUUUACAAAUGGUCCAUCGACUGGGCAGCCGAAGGUCGCAACCCACCGUCCUUGCUCAACAUGUUGAUUCAGAUGUUUCUGUCUCCAGGGAACGUUGAAGAAAGUGAGCAACUUUACUCGGGUCAAGCGGGGGUUCAAGUAUUCUUGCUCUUGAUUGCCGUCAUCAACGUGCCCAUCCUCCUGCUUUUGAAGCCUCUGUACCUUCGCUGGCAACAUCAGAAGACUGCUGCUCAAGGAUACCGCGGCAUUGGCGACACUAGCCGUGUUACGCAUGCCACAGAUCUAGAAGACGACGACGAUGAGAAUACCAACACAAAUGAACGCCGUAUGAAUGGCCGACCUAGUGAGGAUGAUGACGAGGGUGCAAUGAUCACCGAGAACAUCGGAGACGAGGAGGAAGAGGAAUUCGAAUUCUCGGAAGUCAUGAUUCAUCAAACUAUUCAUACGAUCGAGUUCUGUCUCAACUGCGUUUCCCAUACCGCUUCGUACCUUCGUCUGUGGGCGCUCUCGCUUGCCCAUCAACAGCUCUCCGUCGUCUUGUGGAACAUGACGCUAGGAAACGCUUUUGGGGCGUCCGGCGCGGCACAAGUCAUUAUGAUCGUUGUGACCUUUUACUUCUGGUUUGUGUUGACUAUCGCCGUCUUGUGUGUCAUGGAAGGGACAAGUGCGAUGUUGCACAGUCUCAGGUUGCACUGGGUAGAGGCGAUGAGUAAACAUUUCGUUGGGGAGGGCGUGACAUUUGAGCCUUUCAGCUUCUCAUUGUUGUUAGAAGAAGAACCUGUGGACUAA